GCGGCAAGGGCAGCGGCGGCGGGAGAGGGAGGAGCGCGUCUUGGCAACGGCACGACACACCCGUGCCCCCGGCCGAAGACGGCGAGCCUCCGCCUGCGCGCCCGGCUGCUUGAUCAGGGGAGAGCAGGGUGAAAGACAGACAAACUUAGCUGCGAGCAGCACCAAGCUCCCGCGCCCGCCUUGGGGUUUAUUUUUAUUUCCUUUAACAGUUCCCGAAAAAAAAAAAAAAAAAAGAAGAAGAAAAGAAAUAUUACUGUGUUUUCGGCGAUCCGUGCCGCGUGUGGAGUUGUUUUUCCGCACACCCCUGACAAACAAAGGAAAAGGGGGAGGGGGACCGCCGCGUUUCGCAGAAGACAUGCGUUCAGUCAGGAAGAGGUGGACUGUGUGCACGAUAAGUCUCCUCCUCAUCUUUUAUAAGACAAAAGAAAUAGCGAGGACCGAGGAGCGUCAGGAGGCAGCUCUCGCCGGAGAUGGUGAAUUGAGUUUGAGUAGAUCAAUGAUCAAUAGCUCUGAUAAGACAAUUCGAAAGAGUGGCUCCUCAAUCUUCCACCGUGCUGUAGAAGGUUGGAGAAUCAAUUCUUCUUUGGUCAUGGAAAUAAGAAAAAACAUUCUUCGAUUCUUGGAUGCUGAAAGAGAUAUAUCAGUGGUCAAAAGCAGUUUCAAGCCAGGAGAUGUAAUCCAUUAUGUACUGGACAGACGUCGCACCCUUAACAUUUCUCAGGAUUUGCACAGCCUUCUCCCUGAAGUUUCCCCAAUGAAGAAUCGCCGAUUUAAAACCUGUGCAGUUGUUGGGAAUUCUGGUAUCCUUCUGGAUAGUGGAUGUGGAAAAGAGAUUGAUAGCCAUGACUUUGUAAUAAGGUGCAAUCUAGCUCCUGUGGUGGAGUUUGCUGCUGAUGUGGGAACUAAAUCUGAUUUUAUCACCAUGAACCCAUCAGUUGUACAAAGAGCAUUUGGAGGCUUUCGAAAUGAGAGUGACAGAGAAAAAUUUGUGCAUAGGCUAUCCAUGCUGAAUGAGAGUGUCCUUUGGAUUCCUGCUUUCAUGGUCAAAGGUGGAGAGAAGCACGUGGAGUGGGUUAAUGCAUUAAUCCUUAAGAAUAAAUUGAAAGUGCGAACUGCCUAUCCAUCACUGAGACUUAUUCAUGCUGUCAGAGGCUAUUGGCUGACAAACAAGGUCCACAUUAAACGACCCAGCACUGGUCUUCUCAUGUAUACGCUUGCCACCAGAUUUUGUGAUGAAAUUCACCUGUAUGGAUUUUGGCCAUUCCCAAAGGAUUUACAUGGGAAACCAGUCAAGUACCAUUAUUAUGAUGAUCUGAAGUACCGGUACUUUUCUAAUGCCAGUCCUCAUAGGAUGCCAUUAGAGUUUAAGACGUUGUAUGUAUUACAUAACAGAGGAGCACUUAAAUUAACGACAGGGAAAUGCAUACAGUAAUAAGGCUCAUGUAAAGUACAACAAGAAGUACAGUAUGCACACCUUGUCAUAAAGAUGUUGUGGAAUGGCAAUCAGAUCCCAGUGAAGAUACAUUUCAAUACCCACUAAGCCAUCAGAAAAAGGAAUUUUACCAGAAGUACAUAACCAGCUAUUAUACCUGUAAAGUGCUAUAUAACUAAGCUAUCUUGACUGCAAGGGUUCAAGUAAGUGCCACUUUCACUAAGAACAAAGAUUGAGUGUAUGCUCAGUAGUGUUUACAGAUUGCAGUGACACGUUGAUCAUGAACUAAAGAAGCAAAAUACAACCUGUUUACUGCUGACUUGCUUCUGUGGUCAGGCAGCCCUCAGAAGAAAUCCCCAGUGAAUGGAAUAUUUCUUAAGCAAUUAAAUGAGGCAUUAGCAAAAAGAUCAUGAUGGAGUUGAGUAGAGUGAAGUCCGUAAGAUCAAACAAAUCGGUAAAUGCCUUCAGUCAUGGGACUGCUUAUGAUCUUGUAUUAUAAUCUCAGCUUUUGUUGCUGUUUUCCUUACUGCUGUUGGUUGGGUUUUGUUGCUUUUAAGUAUUUGAGCCCUUAAAGGAUUUUGAGAAUGUAAGUAUGUAUCUUAUGGAAUUGUCUUAGGAAAAAAAAUCAUAAGGUGGGAGGGUGGAGGGAAAUGUCAAUCAAAAAUCAAAUAUUUUAUCGUUAUUGUGAUGCAUCUUGCUGUCACACAACCUGUAAUAUCCCAAUUGUUUUCUGGCUACCACUGUCAGUGCCCACUACAUGGAGCCAGUCAGAGGUCAUUUUGAUCCAUUUUUAAAGAGUAGUUUUUCUGUUGUGUUCAGAUAUGAAAACAUAUGAGAAGGUGCCCUUAUUUUUGGUACCAAAGAUUACUUUUAUGCACAUUAUUUCUUUUCCUUGAAGAAAGAGUGUAGAUUUAUUAUGAUGUUUCUUUGCUGCUGAAGGGAGCAUAUUCUUUUUGUUGUUUAAUUUUUUUCAUUAAGCAUCUCAAAGCAAAGCUUCUUUUCUGGCUUUGCAUAUAGAAUUUCAUUUUUCAAAAAAAUCUGCAGGAGUAAAGAAAUUAUUUCAUACAUUCAAAUACAUAUAUACAUACACAAUUUUUGUUCCUGAUUUUAAAGGAAAAUACAAAGUCUAAAGGAACUCAGGUGACAUCAGAACAUGUAUAAAGAAAACAAAUAUAGGAGACCUAGCCAAUUAAAUGGAAAAUAAAAGAAAUGUAGAUCAAACUGUUCUUUUAAAACUUAGAUUUCUAACAGUGUUGAAGGUACUACUUGUUUGUAUCAACUUGAUGUUCUGAUGUGUAAUUGAAAUAACAGAGCUGCAUUAUCUCACAGUGAUUUUUCUGAGCAUCAUUCCUGUUUAUCCAUGAAACCACUCUCUUAUUUCAAAAAAGAGAAUAAGAAAUUACAGGAAGGUGAGAGAGGGUAAAGUGUCAAUGCAGCAUAUACUAACAUAAAAAACCUGUCUGCAUAUGAUAUGUUUUAGUCCUAAUGGAGCUGGCAAAUGAAGAACACCAUGAUUCCACUAUUUUCAUGUCAGGCUAGGCUAAGGAGAAAACAUGCAGGUAAAAUGUAUGGAUGUUUUCUUUUAUGUUCUUAGC